AUGCUGGCCAUGGACCCCGCCGCUGGCGUUUGCGAGGAGGACAAGGACCUAGACUUCUACGAUUUCGAACCGCUGCCCACUCUGCCCGAGGACGAGGAAAACGUGUCAUUGGCUGACAUCCUGUCACUGCGGGACCGUGGCCUGAGCGAGCAGGAGGCAUGGGCUGUGUGCUUGGAGUGCAGCCUGGCCCUGCGCAGUGUGGCCCAUGCUGCCCUCUUCCACACGCUCUGCAUCACGCCUGACAGCCUGGCCUUCAACACCAGUGGGAAUGUGUGUUUCAUGGAGCCACUCAGUGAUGACCCUGAGGGUGCCUUCGUGCCCCCCGAGUUCGACGUCACAGGGAACACCUUUGAGGCACAUAUCUUCUCUCUGGGGGCCACGCUAAAGGCCGCCCUGGAGUUCGUGGUGGAGCCGGGGCUGGAGCACCAGCUAAGCGCAGACCUGGAGGUGCUGCUGAACCGGAUGCUGGCCGAGGACCCAGCGGCCAGGCCCUGCCUGGAGAGUGUCAUCACGCUGUGCCGGGAGAAGACACGGCCGGCGUCCUCCGGCCACCUGUGCCGGAGUUUGUCGGCCGUUGGGAGACGCGAGCUCUCCAUUGAGUCCUUUGGGGCCUCACAGGACAUAUGUGACAGCACCAAGGGAGGAACACCUGUGCCAAGAGCCCUGGGGCCCAGGCAGCCUCCCGGGGACCUGGGUGCUGAUUUGGACACCCUGCCUGCUCCCGAGGGCCUGCCACAGCCCCCAUGCCCCCAGCCAGGGCCACUGGCUGUGCAGAAUGGGGAGAGACACAGCCAGGAGGAGCUGGCCAGCCUCUCCCAGGACCCCAGAAGCCACCUGCAAGAGCUGGAUGGGGACCCCAUCAAGAGGCGCCACCUGAGACGUGCACACACAUCCCCCUGGCUCCUGCCUUGCCUGUCCCUGCAGGACCUCCUAUCUAAGCUGGGCCGGCCCUUCAGGGAGUACGAGCUGUGGGCCCUGUGCCUUACCUGCCUGCACGCCCUACAGACACACGCGGAGCCCCCAGCCUACCUGUGUCUGGACUCUGUGCUCGUGGCCAAGGAUGGGUCUGUGCUCUUGGGGCCGCCCCCUGACGAUGGCCCCUGCAAUUCCUUCUUCCUGGCUCCUGAGGUGGCUGAGGAGAAGCUGGUGACCGAGAAGGCCUCUGUAUACUGUGUAGCUGCCAUCCUGUGGACUGCCGCCAAGUUUGGUGUUCCCCGAGACCGCAAGCUGGCGUUGCCACGCAGACUCAAGACCCUCCUCCUGGACAUGGCCAAGCGCUGCGCCCAAGAGCGGCCAUCUACAGCUGAAGUCAUCAAGGUGUGUGGCAGCUUCCUCCUUCAGCGAGGCAUGGACGGCAGGAAGAUCUUAGCACACCUGAGGGCGUCCACCUGCAAGGUGCCUCAGCAGGAAGAGACCGUCAGUCUGCAGAGACCUCAUGUGGCUCCUGUGGCUGCCUCUCCCCAGCCCAGCCCAGGCUUCCUGCCAGUCAGCAGCAAUGCAGGGCUGCAGGCAGUGCCCGCUCAGCCCUGCUGCUGUGCAGGGGUGUCCGGGCUGCCAGAGGCCCUCCCUUCCAAGGCCACGAGCUUCCAGCCAGUCGUCCUAGCACAGGACCCAGGUGAGGCCAGGUGAGUAUCAGCGUUGGCUCCAGGGGCGACCCGGAGCUCAGGAGCCCCUCCGGAGCAGCUCCCUACCCAGGCCCUCUUAGAGACCCCCAGCCUGAAGACCUCAGACCUACCAGAGCCCAGCCUGCAGCCACAGGGGGCAGCCACAGACUCCCCUGGGGCAUUGGGGCUGUCCAGUGGGGAAGCCCCUUGCCUGCCCAGGACAGCCUGCCCCUCCCUGCAGGAGGCCACGCGCCUCAUCCAGGAAGAGUUUGCCUGCGACGGCUACCUGGACAACGGGCUGGAGGCGCUCAUCAUGGGCGAGUACAUCUACGCCCUGAGGGACCUCACCUUCGCCACCUUCUGUGGGGCUGUGUCUGAGAAGUUCUGCGACCUGUCCUGGGAGGAGCGGCUGCUGAAGAGUCUGUUCCAGGUGGUGAACGGGCGGGCAUCUCCCCCCACGGGUAUGUCCGAGGCGCCAGGCUCACAGUCCCAGUGCCCAGCCAGAGGCUGCUCACUGUCCAUCGAAAGGCCCUCGCUGCACGGGUCAGGCACAGAGAAGCCGAGCGAGGGAUGGGUCAGCGGAGCCCCAUGCCCAGCACCCACACUGGCCAGCGUGGAUACGGACACACUAUCCCGGGGCAACUUGGAGGUGGGCUUCCGGCCUCAGAAGGCAACAAAAGGAACCAGAGAAUCCCCACCCAAGGCCAACACAGACAAGCAGCAGGGCCCAGAGCCUGAGCCAGCCAGCGGGGCCUCGGGAUUGGACACGGUGGCCAGACUGGCCAGACCCCAGGACAGCAGCCCAGCAGUAGCCCCAGGCCCAGCUGAGUGUCGCAGCUGCAGCCCCGGCUGGUCCAGCGCCUUCUACGAGGCCGACUGCUUCGGUACAGAUGUGCACAGCUAUGUGAAGGACCUGCUGAGACAGAAGACCGGUGGUUCAGCAGAGCUGGAGGCCCAGAAUCCAGAGCUCGGCCAGCAGCUCAUGAUGGAGAGAAGGAACUACAACAAAACACUCAAGUUCUACCAGAAGCUACUGCAGAAGGAGAAGCGUAGUCGAGGCUCUGAAGUGAAGACCAUGCUAGUCAGAUUAAAGGGGCAACUAGAAGAGAUGAGAGCCCGCUUGCAGCUCCUGGGUCUGGUCCAGAAGUAUCUGCAGGUCCUGUACGCGGAGCGCUGGGGCCUAGAGCCCUGUGCCCUGCCUGCCAUUGUGAACAUCACAGCUGCCUCAGGAGACUCAUUGGACUUCAGCCCCCUAGACGAGUCCUCUUCCCUUAUCUUCUACAAUGUCAACAAGCAGCCAGGCAGCGGCCGGCAGAAAGCAGCCCGUGUCCUGCAGGCCGGCACACCCCUUGGGCUCAUGGCCUACCUGUAUUCCAGCAAUGCCUUCCUGGAGGGCUACGUGCAACAGUUCCUCUACACCUUCCGUUACUUCUGCACACCCCGUGACUUCUUGCACUUCCUGCUGGACCGCAUCAGCAGCACCUCAUCCAGGGCCCAGCAGGACCCCAGCUCCACACUGACCAAGGUGUACAGGCGCAGCCUAUGCAUCCUGCAGGCCUGGCUGGAAGACUGCUACGCCGUGGACUUCACCCGCAACACUGAGCUGCGCCAGCAACUCCAGGACUUCCUCUCCUCCAAGAUCCUGCCCCUGGACGGCUCUGCUGAGCAGCUGCUGGACCUCCUGGAGGUGGGCACAGGCCGACGGGCUGAGGGUACUCCUCGAGGCACUGACCUGGAGGACCCAAAGGAGGCUGAGGAGGACAGUGGACCCUUCAACGCCCUCUGUAAGAGAUUCUCGGAGGAUGGCAUCGCCCGGAAGGCCUUUCCCUGGAAGCUGGCCCGGGGCCCUGGGCUGGUGCUGCCGCUGCACAAGAACCGCCCGUACAGCAUUGCUGCUGCCCUGCCCAAGCCCUGCUUCUGCGAGGACUUCUAUGGCCCCUACGCCAAAGCCAGUGAGAAGGGACCCUCCUUCCUGACAGAGUACAGCACCCGGCAGCUGUCUACUCAGCUCACACUACUGCAGCAGGAGCUGUUCCAAAAGUGCCACCCCGUUCACUUCCUCAACUCUCGGGCCCUGGGCGUUGUGGACAAAAAUACGGCCGUCCCCAAGGCCAGCUCCGCGGAGUCUCUGUCAGCCAAAGCCUGCAGCUUGUUCCUGCCCAGCUACAUUCAGGACCCGUACCUGCUCCAGCUCCUGCGCCAUGCCGACGAUGUCAGCACCUGGGUGGCUGCCGAGGUCACCACCAGCCACACAGCCAAGCUGCAGGUAAACCUACUGUCCAGGUUCCUGCUGGUCGCCAAGGCUUGCUACGAGCAGAGGAACUUCGCCACAGCCAUGCAGAUCCUGGACGGGCUGGAGCACCCAGCCGUGAGGCAGUCCCCUGCCUGGAGGAUUCUCCCUGCAAAGAUGGCUGAAGUCAUGGAGGAGCUGAAGGCCGUGGAGGUCUUUCUCAAGAGUGACAGCCUGUGUCUCAUGGAAGGGCGGCGCUUCCGGGCUCAGCCCACCCUACCCUCUGUCCGCCUCCUGGCCAUGCACGUCCAGCAGCUGGAGACAGGCGGCUUCACCAUGACCAACGGGGCCCACAGGUGGAGUAAGCUCAGAAACAUAGCUAAGGUGGUGAGCCAGGUGCAGGCCUUCCAGGAGAAUCCCUACACCUUCAGCCCUGACCCCAAGUUGCAGUCACACCUCAGGCUCAGGAUUGCCCGGUUCAGCGGAGUCGACGUGGCCAUCUUGGCCGCAGACAGCCAGGCCAACUUCCACGAAGUGUCCAGUGAGAAGCACUCCCGGAAGAUCCAGGACAAGUUGCGGCGCAUGAAGGCCACAUUCCAGUAG